GCAAGACCAGGAAUGCCACAGGACAGUGCCUACCUUGUUUGCUGUCCUGGAAGAACGCAAAACGCGAUUAUCAGGGGUGAAAGACAGAAGCACUGCAUCGGACCAAGCGUUGAACUAUCAUCACACCAGGCAGCAGAUCAGAUCAGAGCGAAGAGGCGCAAACGUCGCCAUGUUUCAGUUCCCAUAAUGACAGCUUUGCUUGCUUGUUGCCGCUUUAAAUGCUCGCUUGCUUGAACAUCUUGGCAUACACAAAACGCCAUGCUGUUCGCCGUCGCCAGACCCAGAGAAGCCGGUCCAAAGGGCAGAAAGCGCCGAAACCAGAACGGAGAAAGCGAAGGCGACAUACCAACCCGUUCCACACACAACAACACGCGUAUCCCACCCACAACAAACCUCUUGAGCACAACAACAAAUCUAGGUCGAUAAGAAUACCUGCCGCCCUGCCCCCAAAACGAGGCACACCCACACCGACCAACCGAAAGUCUGAGCCCGACAGGGACAAACCCAACAAACAACACAACGCUUUGCUACGCCACGCUCCCGAGUUGUUUCCCGAAUGCUUGCCAAACCAAACCCGCCAGUUCCCCAAAUAAAGACAUGGCGAGUGGGCAGAAAAUGAAGCCCUCAGAACAAAAACCCAGGGAGCCCAAGCGACAAAUGCGAAACACUGCCCACCAACUUCCGCCCAUAACCAUACCCGAGAUGCAGUCCCAA